CUCGGCUCUGUUACGGCAUUUGUCACUACUUUACGUCAGCUGCCGUAAAGCGUCAAACAGUACGCUACUGUGUAGAAUGAUUGCCUCCAGCAGCUAAAUUCCAAACAAAGCUAAAUAUAUUCCUUUGUCAAGCGGUUAUCGCAUCUAAUUGAACGUUUUUUAUUACACGUUAGUGUCCCGUGAAGCGAGCGAGAGAUAAGAGCCCGUGGAAGAAGCGUUGCUUUUAGCCAGUCAUUGCCAUGGCCUCCCACAGCGGCGACAGCAACACGGACAGAGAGAUGAUUCUGGCAGACUUUCAGCUAUGCACUGGAAUUGACAACAUUGCAGAGGCAAUCACCCUUCUUGAGCUUAAUAACUGGGAUUUAGUGGCAGCCAUCAAUGGAGUCAUACCACAGGAGAAUGGCAUCAUGCAAAGUAACUUUUCCAGUGAGGCGAGCCAGGCCAGCAUGUACGGACCGCACAGAGAAUCAGAAGCAGCUAAUGCAACAGCAGUAGCAGCAACAUCAGCCGCUGACACAGCAACAGCAGCCGACACAGCAACAGCAGCCGACACAGCAGCAGCUGAAUGCGCCGUUCCUACGUGCUCCUCGUUGUUUUCGUCCCCCAGUCAGCUGUCACCCUCGGCGUCCACGUUUUGUCCCAGCGCCCCUUCUCCUCGACACAUCGUAGAGCGCCAGCCUCGGAUGCUCGAAUUCAAGGUGGAGUACCGACAGCGCACUGUUGAGCUGGUACUGGAGGACGGAACCACAGUUGGUGAAAUCAAGCAACUCCUCGAGACAGAGCUUGGAGUUCCUGUAUACAAAAUGCAAUUGAAAGGAUGGAAGAGUGGCGAUGUCUCUGAUAGUACGGUGCUUCGAACUUUACACUUGCCCAGGAAUGUCAGCCUGUAUGUCCUGACACCAGACAUUGCCCCGACAGCCACAGCCAGCACCAGCACCAGCAAAAACAGUGUUCUCCCAGACUCACUAAACCAGAACUUCCUGCUGAUCAUCAGUCACCAUGAGGCCCAAAGGGACUACAACCUUAACUUCCCUGGCUCCAGAACCAUUCAAGAGGUGAAGAGGAACAUUUCUGACCUAACCAACAUCCCAGUCCGGUACCAACAGUGGGAAGGAUGGCCUGCAUCAGCAUCUGAUGACUGUAUGACGCUGGCUGUCUCCGGGAUCAACUAUCCUUGCCAUCACCUUACAGUUUGUCAAAGAUCCUCACCAGCCAAUGCCCAAGUACCCCAGGAAGAGUGCGCAGAUGUCCACAUGAUCAGCGACAGCGAGGGAGAUGAUUUUGAGGAUGCAUCAGAGUUUGGGGUGGAUGAUUCAGAGAUGUUCGGAACUGGAUCCUCCAGCUGUCGGAAAACGCCUAUGAUGCCAGAGAAUAGCGAGAAUGAAGCUGAUGCCUUACUGCACUUUACUGCUGAAUUUUCUUCAAGGUAUGGAGACAACCACCCAAUGUUUUUCAUUGGAUCUUUGGAGGCAGCAUCUCAGGAGGCCUUCCAUGGCAAAGCCAGAGAGAGAAAGCUGCUGGCCAUCUACCUUCAUAAUGAUGACAGUGUCCUCAGCAACGUCUUCUGUUCCCACAUGAUGUGUGCCGACUCCAUUGUUUCCUUCCUGAGCCAGAACUUCAUCACAUGGGCCUGGGACGUCACUAAAGAAGCAAAUAAAGCCAGGCUACUCACCAUGUGCACGAGACAUUUUGGCAGUGUGGUGACGCAAACUAUACGCACAUACCAGACAGACCAGUUCCCUCUGCUCCUUAUUGUCAUGGGAAAACGCACUUCCAACGAAGUUCUAAAUGUUAUUCAAGGUAAUACUGCAGUGGACGAGCUAAUGAUGAGAUUAAUGGGUGCAUUGGAGAUCUUCACAGCACAACAACAAGAGGACAUUAAAGAUGAGGAUGAGCGUGAGGCAAGAGAGAUGGUGAAGAGAGAACAAGACGAGGCCUACCGCCUGUCUCUAGAAGCUGACCGUAAGAAGAGGGAAGCUCAAGAGCGAGAGGAGGCAGAACAAGUUCGCUUGGAACAGAUGAGAAAAGAGAAGGAGGACGAGAAGGAGGCUAUACGUUUAUCAUUGGCGCAAACCCUACCGCCGGAGCCCGAAGAGGAAUCAGGAGAGCAGAUCAGCAAGUUGCGAAUCCGCACGCCCAGUGGCGAGUUUCUGGAGAGGCGCUUCCUAGGCGGCUCUAAGCUCCAGAUGAUCUUUGACUUUGUGGCUUCCAAGGGAUACCCUUUCGACGAGUUCAAGCUCCUUACAACCUUCCCUCGCAGAAAUAUCACCCAGUUGGAUCCAGGAUCAACUCUACUGGAGGCCAAGUUGUUUCCACAGGAGACUCUUUUCUUGGAGGCCAAAGAGUAGUAAAGUGGCUGAUGAACUGGUCGAACACAGCAUGGGUCCAAAUCCAUCUGGGCCUCUACAGUUCUCGCACAUACACACACACGCAAAGACUUCAGACCCUCUCAGACCUGUAACACACUGGCAUGCACAUGCAGUGACACUAAAGUGUAAAGUAAGCUACUCUACUUUCUCCUGGUCGCUGUACACCUAAACUUUGUGUACACAUUUUGCACAGAGGAGCAAAGACAGUAUCACAACAAGCACACAGCCAAGCCCCCCCAACCUUCUACUAAACAAACCCAACAACUCCCUAA